AUGUCAAAGACCGUGGCGGUGUGCAGUUAGUGUUGAGUUGAUGGCAAUUACAAUUGCGAAUUACUGCCACGGGUAUUGAUAAAUCGUUAUGAAUUAUUAAUAACCAGGUGGUCAUAGUUGGAUUCACGACAUGGCAUCUCGCAGAUGGUUUCAUCCCAAUAUUUCGGGUUUAGAAGCAGAACGUUUAUUAAUGGAACGAGGUUAUGAUAGUUCAUUUCUAGCACGUCCAAGCUCAUCCAACCCUGGUGAUUUUACAUUAUCUGUGAGACGGAAUGGUGAAGUGACUCAUAUUAAAAUACAAAAUACAGGAGAUUUCUAUGAUCUUUAUGGUGGUGAAAAGUUUGCGACGCUGUCUGAACUUGUGCAAUUUUAUAUGGAAAACGGAGGGCAAUUGCGUGAAAAAAACGGCGAAAUUAUUGAACUAAAAUAUCCUCUGAACUGUGCGGAUCCAACAACCGAAAGGUGGUUCCAUGGCCAUUUAUCAGCUAAAGAGGCAGAACGUUUAAUGCUGGAGCGAGGUAAAAAUGGAUCGUUUCUGGUUCGUGAAUCCCAAAGUAAACCUGGCGACUUUGUAUUAUCCGUGCGCACAGACGAUCGUGUUACACAUGUUAUAAUACGAUCUCAGGACAAUAAAUAUGAUGUUGGAGGAGGUGAUAAGUUUGAUAGUCUAAGUGAUCUGAUAGAACAUUACAAACGUAAUCCAAUGGUCGAAACAAGUGGAAGUGUUGUCCAUUUGAGGCAACCUUUUAACGCUACUCGUAUAAAUGCUAGUGGCAUUGAAAGCAGAGUGAGGCAAUUGCAUAAAGAAAAUGGCUGUUCGAACGGGUGGUUAUGUUGGAACGGAGCUAUCGUUAGCAACGAAGCUGGAGCAGGGCGUGGUAAAGGAAAAGCUGGUUUCUGGGAAGAAUUUGAGUCACUGCAACAAUUAGAAUGUCGUCACUUGUUUUCCCGGAAAGAAGGUUUACGCCCGGAGAAUCGCGCGAAGAACCGAUACAAAAAUAUCUUACCAUUUGAUCAUACGAGAGUGCGCUUAAAAGACGUCGAUCCAAAUAUUCCUGGAGCCGACUACAUUAAUGCUAAUUAUAUUAAGAACGAAGAAACAGACGGACAGCCUAGCGUAAUUAGCACUACUGGAGAUGCUGGUGCAUUUAAUAAAUGUUACAUCGCGACUCAAGGUUGCCUGCCGAAUACGAUACCAGACUUCUGGCAGAUGGUAUAUCAAGAAAAUACAAGAGUAAUAGUGAUGACCACCAAAGAAAUGGAAAGGGGAAAAAAUAAAUGUGCUCGUUAUUGGCCGGAAGAAGGUGAAUUUACAAAGUAUGGCGCUGAAUGGGAAGUACGUGCCUUGUCUCGCACUUCAACGGCAGACUAUACAUUGCGGGAAUUUCUGUUACAUGGGAACAAACCAUGUUUCGCAGAGUCUAGAAGGAUUUACCAUUACCAUUUUCAAGCAUGGCCAGAUCACGGCGUUCCAUCAGAUCCUGGAUGCGUAUUAAACUUUCUUCACGACGUUAACGCGAGACAAGAAUCAAUUGCUGCGUCUCUUACUUCAAAUGGUCAAAACGUACCUAGUAUAGGACCAAUUCUUGUACACUGUAGUGCAGGAAUUGGUAGAACUGGAACAUUUAUUGUUAUCGAUAUGAUCCUCGAUCAAAUCAAACGGCAUGGCUUGGAUUGUGAAAUCGAUAUUCAAAGAACAAUUCAAAGAGUACGUUCACAAAGAUCAGGAAUGGUUCAAACAGAAGCACAGUAUAAGUUUGUUUAUCUCGCUGUAUUACAUUAUAUUGAAACUGUAUCACAACGGAUGCAGGCAGAGCAGAAGUCUCUUCACUUAGGCAGAGAGUAUACUAAUAUUCGUUAUAAAAGUGAAACAAACGCUACUACAAAUAUGGGCGAUAUAUCUGUCCCUACGUGUACUACAACAACCCUUUCAGCUUCAGCACAUUUCACAUUACCUACUCCUGUCAGUAGUUUGAGGCCAAAGUAAUUACCAUUAAUGUCGGCCAAUCAAUGAGAUCUUUGAAAAGCAGAAAAGAGGCUUUGUUAC